AUGAAUUAUUUAGCAGUGCAGUUUUUAGUAUUUACAACAGCACUAUGUGGUUCAUCUUCCUCAAGAGUUCUAGAAUUAAGUGAUAAAUUUAUCGACAUUAGCAAUGAUGGCAUGUGGUUCGUUAAAUUUUAUGCACCGUGGUGUGCCCACUGUCGCAGGAUAGAGCCGAUCUGGGCCCAUGUCGCCCAAGCACUUUACAAUAGCCCUAUCAAAGUGGCGAAAGUUGACUGUACUCGUUUUACAGCGGUAGCAUCACACUUCAAAGUUAGAGCAUACCCUACAAUAAUGUUCAUCAAAGGAUCUUUCCGUCAUGAAUAUGUAGGUGAAAGACAGAAAGAUGAAAUGGUGAAUUAUGCUAUGCGUAUGUCCCAACCAGCAGUGCAACGGUUAUCUGCAGUAGACAGCUUGAGUGAUUUAAAAGAUUCACAUUCUGUCUUUUUUGGAUACAUAGGGAAACAGCAAGGACCACUUUGGGAAAUGUUUAAUCUACAUGCUGAGAAAUAUCAACCACACUCAUGGUUUUUUGCAAUGUCACAUGAGUUAGUGAAAAAUGAGUUGAAACCAAAGAAUGGAACUUCAGUAUUUGUGUAUAAGGAGGGUGAAGCCUUCUUUUUUGAAGCACAUGAAGACAAAGAGGCCUUAAACAACACAUUGGACAAAUGGAUAAACACAGAGAGAUUUGGAUUUUUCCCCAGAAUAUCAAGAGCAAAUUUAAAUGAACUAAUGGAUCUAGAAAAAUAUAUUGUAAUUGCUAUUGUCUCUGAAAAUAAACUAAAUGAAAUUACUCAAACAGAACGAGAUUUUAAGGAUAUGAUUGAGAACAUUAUCAAAAAAAGAAAACGGCACCUCCAUGAGAGAUUUCAGUUUGGUUGGAUGGGUUCUCCGGAGUUAGCAAACUCUAUUGCCAUGUCUGAACUAACAGUACCUAAUUUAUUGGUCCUGAAUUCUACAACAGGCCACCACCACAUUCCAGAUGAUGACCCUGUGCUUAUGACUCCAGAAGCGGUCACAAUAUUCUUGGAUCAAAUACACAACCAAAUAGCCCCAACGUAUGGUGGUAAUAGCUGGCCUGUUCAGUUAUAUCGAGGGUUUUUUGAAGCUAGAACUACAUUGACAAGUAUGUGGCGUGGUAAUCCAGUAUUGACAGCGCUAGUAUUUGGGCUACCUCUCGGAUUUUUGUCUCUUAUAUGUUAUUCAGUCUGCUGUGCUGACAUACUUGAUGCAGAUGAGGAUGAAGCCCCGGAAACUCACGAGAAAAAGGACUAG